AUGAUGUGUUUGCACCUCGCAUCUGUCCUCCUUGCUAUCGUCGCCAUGACGCAUCUUAGCUUUGGAAUUCCUAUCACUUCUUCUGGGGUGGACGAGCCCUCUCAAAUCCUGUCCCGGGCGGGAUCGGACGUGCAAACGGUUCUCAUCUCCUUCAACAAACCUGGACCGGAAGGGACAAAAGAGGAGGAAGCGGUAACAAACACAAUUCAGAUGUUAUUCGAUGAUGCACACAGUGAUACUAAAGGGGUCAUUCCGCCCGUGAAGCUUACAUUCAAGAACCAUCUCGCGACAGGGCGGAAAACCAUUGCUUUAAUCCCGAUUACCUUCACUGGCUUGGAUAUAUAUGCCGAGGAGAAUGUAAGGCGCAGGCGGAUGUCUUCCAGAAGGUCUCCUGGAUUGAGGAUUCAACUGGGAAGCGAGUUUACGAGCAGGCAGUACGGAAAAGGUGGAACAGCCUGA